AGUAACGAAACAAUUGCAAUUUAAGCAAGCAAAUAUGGCUCUGGAUUUCGUUGUUCUGCUGAGUGCUUGGAUGGUCCUUGCCCAAGGGUCCAUUCUGCACGGAUCGGAUAUAAUUGGGCCAGAAGUGGAGGUUCCCCAGGAAGGAUACCUGCCAGUCGAAGAUGCUUCAGUGCAUCCUUCCCUUCAUCACGAGCCAUUGUCUGCAGAAGUAGGACACCAUCAUCUUUGCCAAUCUCAAUCGCACCAUCACGAGCAUGGACCCCAUCAUCACCUAGAAUCGCACCAUUAUCUAUCUGAGUCCCACGAUCAUCAUCAGUUGUCAGAAUCGCAUCCUCCCAUGCACGGAUCCCCCCAUCAUCACUAUUAUGGCUCACAUCCUCAGCAACAACUCGAGGCACCAGUUUAUGGAAUUCACGGAUCCGAUCAUCGGCAUCUCAUCCACGGAUCCCCCUAUCACCACAACCAUCUGGAGGCACCAUAUCACGGAAUUCAAGGAACUCACGGUGUUCAUCACCUGCAUCAUCAUCGCAACUGCCACGCCACCAUCCACUGCCCCAGGGUUCAUAGUCCAACCUAUGCCACAGAUGGACAUAUCUGCUAUAAGGUGGAGAACUCCUGCGCACUGGCCAUUCUAAACUGCCUGCGGCGCAAUGAACUUAAGCCAGUUUUGAGACACAUCGGUCGGCGCGAAUGUCGUCAUCUGCCCAGCGCUUACAGGGCCCACUAAUUCGGAGCACAAAAUAACUGAACCUGACCAUAUAUUCUUAAUUCUUAAUUAUAACUUGUAUAGUCUGCCUCUCUCGAACUAUAUUAUAAAUGAAAAAAUGUGGUUGUUGGCGGUGAUGUUUACUAUUUGGUCUACUAAUUACACAA